GGUUUUAAAUUCUUUUUUUUUCUUUGUUUUUUUGUGGGGCUAUAAAGACAAUUCCUUGCUCAAUGGACAAUUCGUGGGUACUCCUGAGAAAAAAAAGUAUUUUAAGAGGAUGGAAGGUCUCGUAUGUUGUGAAAAAAUCACAACAUGCUUAUGUAUUUAUUUGCACGAGUAAUUUCAUUGCUUGCAGCUGACUUGCAUAGUCACUAUUUAUCCUCAAGAUGAGGUACUGGAAAUAUAUCUCACAUUUGCCGAGAAGGCAGCCCCCUUCAGCAGUCCAUAGAUUAUCGAUCUUCACUAUUCCAGGUUAUGAAAACUGUUUGAGCGCAUUGCAACACUCUCUCUCAGGUACUUCUUGCAGCUGGACAUCUUGGAGAUGCUUCUCUCUGCAGAAACAGAGACUGCUGUCAGCCUACCCUGUGUGGAGCCCAUAUAAGAUUGGUGCUGGAACAUUUUCAGCUCUUCCUACUCACCCACUUAUAAACUGUAGUACACAGCUGUUCAGCACAGUAACUACAGAUCCAGUAGAAAAACACAGAAGUUUUGUGCAUGCUUGGCUUAACCCGCCUUACAUGGAAAAGAGUGACUCCACUGUCUCGCUUGGUCCCAUGCAUGUUGAGCCCAUCAUUAAAGAAAAGCUGUUGGAAAGACAACAUAACCUCUUUGUCGAGCAUACUGUCCAAACUCAGGGUCUCGAGUCUGAUGGUAGGAUCAUUCCACUUAAUGAUCUCUUUGAAACAGGUAGUAGUCGGAUCCCAGUGAAGACUGUUGUGCUCUGUGGGACUGUAGGGACAGGAAAAAGCACUGUGGUGAAAAAACUAGUAACUGCAUGGUGCAGUAAGAAGUUGGAUAAGUUUAGCUUGAUUGUUCCAUUCUCCUGUGAGGACCUUUCACUGGAAAAGAAGCCAAUAACCUUUAACAAACUAAUCUGCAAAAAAUAUUUACACCUACGGAGCUUGCUGCCAGACAUCAGCUCUGGUAAGCUGCAGAAUGUGCUGUUCAUCUUUAGCGACAUGGAGCGAAUGAAGCUGGAUUUCCAGCAGGCCAGAACUGAGCUUUGUAGUGAUCCAGAUGAGCCCUUGAUGCCAGACGCCAUCAUCGUCAACCUUCUGAGAAAGUAUCUGCUACCAGAGGUGAAUGUACUCAUCACAAUGAGACCUUCAGCACUGGAGCAGAUUCCUAGCACUUACAUAGGCCUGUGUGCCCAGAUUUAUGGUUUCUCUGACACUGAGCGGCAGAAGAUGUACUUCAUGGACGUGUUGCAGCAGUCUGAAUAUGGAAUUUGUGAUACAGAAAAUCAUAUGGAAAUGUUGUACCGUAAUUUAGAGCGACAAAAUCAGUUGGCAGUGACUUGCUUUUUGCCAUCCUACUGCUGGCUAAUCUCUGCAAUGCUGCGCUUCUUGCAUUUCAGCAGUCCUUCAGUACCUCUUGGCACACUCACUGGUAUGUACACUACCUUUUUGUAUACAAAUAUUGGUGGAGAGAUUCUGGACAGCUCCAGUCCAGAUCAGAUGUCACUUGUGCGCUAUGUGGCCAAAACAGUUGGCAGGCUAGCAUAUGAAGGGAUCAAACAGAAAAAGACAUCUUUUUCAGAGGAAGACCUUCGCGAAUACCUUGAGGUGGAGAUGAAGACUGAACAGGAGCUGAACCAGUUGAACAUUUUUAGAAGUGAUGUUUUCAGUUUUUUCUUAACUCCUUGUGUCCAGCAGAGAGAAGAAAGGUUUGUUUUCAACAUCCCUGCCAUGCAAGAGUAUUUGGCUGCGAUGCACAUUGUCCUAGAUGAGAGACGGACCACCCUCCAACGUAUUGGAAAAGAUGUAUCUGAAGUGAUACAAAAGGCAAGUGAAGACCUUUCAGCCCUUCUCAACAUCUUAGCUAAAUAUCUUCCUCUUCGUCUUUUCACUUUACUAAACUUGUUAAGAAUGUUUCCACGGCUGUAUGGGAAGCUUGGUGGUAAGUCAAAAAGCAGGAUUGCACGCACAGUGGCAGUGGAGAUGUUUGAAGAGGAGGAGGAACAGAAUGAUGAUGUGUUGGAUCAGAUCAGUGCUAGCGUUCUUGGGGUGGAGGGCCCUGUGUCUUCCACUGGAGAGGAAAAGCAUAUUGAAGCAUUUGAACUGUUUCCAAUGUUCAUGGGGGGGCUGCUGUCACAAGACAACCGGAAUCUUCUGGAUCAUCUUGGCUGCACAAUCCCCAACUUUGCAGUUCAUGAAAUCACAAAGGCCCUCAAGAAUCAUCUCAUUACAAACAGUCAGAAAAAGCUGCCUUCCUCAGAACUGAUGGACUUCUUUUUUUUCUUGUACGAGUUUCAGAAUCCACACUUCACAUGUGAGGUUGUCAAAUCCUUGAAGCGUAUAAAUCUGUCCUCUUCCCGGAUGACCUUUCUGAAAUGUUUCAUCUUGAGUUCUGUGCUGAGCUGCUGCAAUCAUGUAGUGGAAGAAUUAGAUAUGAGCUCCUCCAAUCUCACCACAGAGGCACUGAAGGCCCUGAUUCCAUUGCUGCGUCACUGUGUGAAUGUGAAUUUGCAGAGGAAUACCCUAGGUCCCGAAGCCUGUGUGGAGUUUAAGCGCCUGCUGCUGGACAAGGAGUGCACUAUUAAGACCCUAAGUCUGUGUGGUAAUCCCAUCAGUAAUAUUGGAGUUCAGCACUUAGCUGAGGGAAUAGCUGGCAAUGAGACACUUUCUCACCUGUCGUUGCUUCAUACAUCGCUUGGAGAUGAAGGAGUUCGAGUUCUCACAUCUCAUAUUGGUAAAAACCAACAUCUUAAGGAACUCAACCUGGCUUUUAACUCCAUCAGCGAUAGUGCAGCCCUGGAACUGAUUGAAGUUGCCAGAAAUCAUUCAAGCUUGGAGAAAAUUGACUUGUAUGUAAAUGACAUCAGUGCUGAUGGGAAAAAAUCACUGCAUGCAGUCAGCAAACAGAGAGAAGGCUUGAACGUGCUAGUGUCUCUGACAGAGGGAACAGAUGUUUCGCAGCACUGGAAGCUAAUUUUUAAUGCUGUAGAAAAGAAUGCUGGACUCUUAGAACAGAAGGCACUAUUCGGACAUCUAGACUUGCUCUUGAAGGACUUGGAGAAUGGUCGUGAACAUACUGGCAACCUGCUGAAAAAAAUUAAAUUUCUCAAGGCAGAAAAGGAAGUAAGGAAGCUACAGAAGAAACUGAAACACUGAUCUCUAGUGUCAAAGGAUGCAUCCCCUGGAUAAUGCAUCAAUAAACAUCAACAGUGCUGAGCAUUGAAAUAGUUCAGUGAUUAGUCAUGUCAUUGAACAUUCCAAGAAACACCACUGUGUGUUUUAUACUUGACAACCUGAUUUCUGCUGUGAACUUACAUUUUAGGCAUUUGCAAGUUAUUGGGAUGUUUGUUACUGUUAGAUUGCUGUGGACUGGAUGUCCAGUUAUGGAUGCUUCAAACUCUCAUUUUCAGUGAAGCCCUGCAUCUUUCACACUGUACCCUGUUUGUUCAAACUCUUGCUACCCUUCACAUGUGGUAUUUUUGUGUAUGGUUUAGGUUCAGUGGGGACAGGUAGUAGCUGUUAUUGUAAAGGACUUGAUGGGAAUAUUAGGUCUUCUUUUUCAGCCAGGGAUAGUUUUAGUAGCCAUAUUGCUCCCUUUGCAGUAUAUGACUGGAGAAAUUUGCAAAUGACAAUCAUGGGCUACUGUCUUUGGAAGAAAAAAAAGUAUGUUUUAUCUAAUUUCUUCUCUUUGCAUUAGAGGGCUAGGAGAUCUGAUCCAGUUAGAAGAGAUGGUACACAUGUCAUUAAACCGAAGUACCAUCUGCCUGAGUUGGUGGUAGCUCAGGUGGAUGUAAAAAAAUCCACAGCAGCUAUUGAAAAGAGUGGGGGAAGUUCCCCGAUGCCAUAGCCAAAUUUCCCUUAGCAGCAUAAAUACCACUUCUUGUAUCCCCUGAAAAGAAGCCAUUAGCCUAAUGGGCCAACAAAGGAUAAGUAAAAUAAAUAUGAAUAUAAGUA